AUCGACCAAUCACGUUGGCCGAUUUGACUAUGCGAUUGGUCAAUUCCACGAGACCUGCUACUUACGUUCGCGUCUCGCGCUUAGUGUGGAACGGGCUUAAAAGGACACACGUGCUGCAACAAGAAUCACGCGGACGGUUGCAGAGCACGUCAAUGAGAAAAACAUCGCAAGGAAACAAUAAUUACAAAUGAGUUGUAUUAGUUACAGUGUUGAAGUCUCAAAAGACGUUAAAUAAUAAAUAAAAAAUGAGUUACAAGGAGGAUUUUAACGUUUUUGUGGGUGGAAAAUUGGGUGUUUUUAAAGGAAUAAAAGUCGGCAAAAAAGCAGAUAUAGUUAAAAAUAUACAAGAUUUGAGCUCCAUCACUGAAAAUGAUCAGGUGACUCGCAUGGCUUGGAGCGACGAGGACGAAAAGGACAUUUUAAUCGCAUGUGGCGCAAAGGAAGACAGAAGAAUAAAGAUCUAUGACUCCGAGAGCGGUUUGUUUACAUGCUCGCUUCCUUGUACCGCAGGCAAAGGGAGCAUAAAUGGAAUAUCGCAAUAUGACGAAUCAGUUUUGGUAGCGGUAAAAUCUGGAGAAGUAAGUUUGUGUCCAUUCAACAAGCAAGAACAGGUACUGCUAAAUGCUGGAGAAAAUUUGGAAAGAAUGUGUCAUUCGCGUGUGCAAAGAAACACAAUAGCAACCGGCGGGCUCGAAAAUAGACUGAAGAUCUUUGAUCUGGAAAAGCAAACCUUGAUAUUCAGCGAAAAGAAUCUUCCGCACGAUUGGCUGCAAUUGCGAGUACCUAUUUGGAUAUCGGAUCUUGACUUUUUACCGGAAACUCAACAAAUAGUCACGGUCGGCAGAUACGGACAUGUACGGUUGUAUGAUCCACGUGCGCAAAGACGUCCCACGAUAAAUCUAACGAUCGUAGAUGAAGCUUUAACUUGUAUGAGCGUCACGCCCAGAGAAAAAUGUAUCAUAGUAGGCACUGGUAAAGGCAAGAUCAAUCUUGUUGAUUUGAGAUCGAAACCAGGAACCGUACUAAACACUUACAAAGGAUUUGCUGGUGGUGUGACCGGAGUGGCUUGUAAUAUGAACAAGCCUUAUAUUGGUAGUGUCAGUCUUGACAGGCAUCUGCGAAUACAUCAUAUCGAAACAAAGAAACUUCUGAAAAAAAUUUACGUGAAAUCGAAAUUAAGCUGUUUGGUAAUAAGAUCGGGCUUCAGUGCAGAAACAGAAUCAGAAAGUGACUAAAGAUGAAUAAAAACUUGUUAUUGUAAAUUUAUAUGAAUAACAAAACAUUAAUAAAAAAAAAUGUAUAAAUUAUAAAUAUACAAAUUUUUUAAAUAAAUUUUACUUAAAUUAAAAGCUUGUAGUAGUGUGUUUGGACAAUCUGAAGAACGGAGGAGUGGAAGGUGGCUAAAGAGAUAUAAAAAAAUUUAGACAGUCAUUAAAUAAAAUAUUUCUAGCAGUAUAUAUUUUUUUUUUUCACUCAGCAAAUUGUCUUCUCGGUGUUUCAAAUUACAAGGGAGAGCAAGAGUUGAACAGGGGUAACAUGCUAAAGCUAACGUUGGUUUUUCUCAUCACUACGCAAUAAUGCGCGUAAGCAUUAAAACUAUAAAUUGUACAUUUACCUCAUCUCAAUAGCUUACAAGUUUGGUUCUUAUUAGAUGCAAUGCGCACAGAGUUCAAUCGUUUGUUAUGUUCCCAGCUCUCAUUUCUCUGUGUGUAAAAAGGUGAAUAGAAGUUUUUAAUAUUACUUCUGAUAAUUUUUCUACUGUGUUCUCUUAAAAUGUUGUUUCAAAGCCAAAUGUGGUAUACGCCUUCAUAUGUAUAUAUAAGAUCUCUUUAGUACUUUUAAGUAGAAGAAAGUUUACAAGUGGCAAUUCGAUUAUGACAUAUUUUGUACUAAAAAAAAAAAAAAAAA